UCCCUGAUCCUUGUUUUCGCUCCUUCCUGCAGGGCCCUGCGGAGCCAGGCAAAGAUGUUGCGGGAGCGGCGUAUCCAGAAGCAGAUGGAGCCACGAGGCCCUCCCCAGCGCACCCUGACCCGCCAGGCCAUGGAGCAGAUCCGGUUCCUUUCGCAGGAGUCGCCGGAGGAGUGGCCCGUGGAACGCCUAGCCCGCGGCUUUCAGGUGCCGCCUGACGUCAUCACCCGCGUCCUCCGCAGCCGCUUCCAGCCCUCGCCUCCACGCGCCACCAAGCAGGACGCCGUGGUCACAGCCGCCAUCACCCAGAAGAGCGAGCCCGCACGCAAAGAGCCACAGAAAGGCAGGGAGGUUUUUGACGCCAUGGGGAACCUGCUCUACCGCAUCCCCGAAGGGAGCUCCCCGCCCCUUUUGGCCCUCGGUUCCGGGAGAAAGGCCCGUCCCAAGUAGCCCUUGGAGGUGAAAAGCAAGGACAGGUGUAGGAUGGAACCGGAAUCUGGACCUGCAAAUGUCCAGAGUUUGGUGAUGAUGGCAGAACCUUCAUAGGAGUUGACAGCGCUCACGAGAGAUUUGUGGAAACGUCUUUAGUGCCAGGUUCCUACAUUACAGCAAAGUUGUGACUAAAGAAAAGGCGGGCACGCUCCACCCCCCUCAGUUCACGGAAAUUCUUCAUGUAGCCUCUAGUUCCAGUCUGAGCUGGUUUGUAUUAUCAGCCAAGACUACUAGGCCCAAAUUAUCAGUCUGUUUCCCAUGCAU